CUCAUACAGGGGCUCUACUACCUAGCAGCCUCAUCAACCUUUUCUCGUACAAGCAUCAACAUCCAUCGUAAUCAACAUGUCAAGCGCAGUCUGGAGACCAGAAGACGACCCUGAUGUCAGAUCCUCGCUCGAAGAGGGCGAAGUCUAUCGGCCCGAUAUCCUCGAGGUCAUCGAGGCCAAGAUCGACGAGAUGAGCCAGGACCUUCGGGCGCUUAGUCUCGACAUCCACAAACACCCCGAGCUGUUGUACGAAGAGGUCCAUGCGCACAAGACCUACACCGACUUCAUGCGGCGCCAGGGCUGGGACGUGCGUGACGUCGAUGGUCUCCCCACCGCGUGGAUCGCUACCUUCCAGCACGGGACCGGCGGACGCAUUCUCGGGGUCAACUCCGAGAUGGACGCGCUGCCUGGCAUCGGCCACGCGUGCGGGCACAACCUCAUCGGCAUCUCGGGCGUCGCUGUCGCGUGCGCGGCGCGCGCGGCGAUGGAGCAGCUCGAUAUCAGCGGGAAGGUGGUGUUGCUUGGGACGCCUGGUAUGCCGUCUUCUCUGCUCCCUCGCUGUCGUCAGUUAGCGUACUACGGGGAGGAAGGUGGGUUUGGGAAGGUCAAGAUGCUCGACAGGGGCUUGUACGAUGGUAUGGAUGCGUGCCUCAUGGUGCAUCCCGCUCCUGGCCCGAGGCACUCUAUCAGCUUGAGCAGCUCGCUUGCGCUUGUACGGUACAGAGUUGAGUAUACGGGCCACACAGCACACGCAGCACUGAGCCCUUGGGAGGGCGUAAACGCGCUUGACGCAGCUGUGCUCGCGUACAACAACGUCGCCGUCCUGCGACAGCAGCUCAAACCUACUCAUCGCGUGCACGGCGUGUUCACGGGGAAGGACUGGUACCCAAACAUUAUUCCGGACAAUGCCGUCAUGAACUGGAUCGUCCGUGCUAAAACGACAGCAGAAGCCAGGGACACCGCAAGGCGUGUCCGCGCGUGCUUCGAAGCCGCAGCCACUGCGACCGGCUGUACAGUAACGAUCGAGGAUGUCCAGGGUGGCCAUGAGCUCCGACAGAACGUCGCACUGGGCGAGGAGCUGCGGGACGUCGUGCGCAAGCGAUACGGCGUGAUCGACUACGAGUGGGGGAUCCACAGCGCUUCUACCGAUUUUGGUCAUGUCACCUACGCUAUGCCUGCGAUACACCCCGGAUUUUCAAUACCCACCGAGCCCGACGGCGGCAACCACACGCGCGGGUUCGCAAGCGCGGCCGCUACGGAGGUCGCGCACGACGCGACGAUGGUGGUGUCUAAGGCGCUCGCGGCGGUCGGCGUGCGGGUGUUGACGGACGAUGCGUUUGCUAAGAAGGUCAAAGAGACGUAUGAGGAGGAUAAGAGGACGAGAGGGGCGUGAGGAGGUCCUUAAGGGAAGGAUAGCUCGAAACAAUGUACAGUAGUUACGAUGUGCCUUCCCGCGAUGUGAGUUAGGGGAUAUUAGAUCGGAGGUUUACCUUGGACAAUUGAUCCACAGGAUCCGGCUACCUCUUUGGCUUCGAGCGACCCAUCAAACCCAGAGCUAACGACGGCAGCGCGCAAGCCAAGUCCCCCGGGCCCACCAGCAGCGUAAUCAUCCGCCAUCGCCCCGAAGACG